AUGAUUGCCAAGCGCGCUUUGUCUACUUUGAUCCCACCAAAGAUUGUUUCGCCUAAGAACCUGACCUCCGCCGGCAGCGCCAAACGGAUCGCGAACGUCGUGGAGCUCUACAAGGCGUUGCCCCAGGGCCCGGCGCCGGUCCGCCAAGCCACUGGCAUGAUCGGCAAGUACCGCGCCAAGUACUUCGACGGCGACAACGCCUCCGGCAAGCCGAUCGUGCACUUCGCCAUCUUCGUGCUCUGCCUGGGCUACUCCAUGGACUACUACUUCCACCUCAGACACCACAAGGGCGAGGGCCACUGA